GAUAUUUUCUUUUUCUUUAUCCAAUUGAGCCCUCCACGCAGAAGGCUUCCAUUUGGGGUUGAUUUGAGGGUGGAUCCUCGUAAAUUGCCAAUUCCAAGAGUCCCCUUGUAUUGCGCAAGGCUGCACUUCUGCACGGUCUCAUGUCUAUCCAUAGUCCUCCCAAGCUCCUAAUUUCACCUUCUCUUCUCCAAUUCCAAUCUUUCCAUUGCCCAUUUCCCUUCCAUUUCCAGCAAAAAAAUGGAAUCAAUAAACAUUUCCAUUUACACCGCCAUCAGCGUCUCCUCCUUCUGCCUAGAGCUAUUCGCGAAUGGCAAGAAUAUGAAGAGGCAGUGAAGCGCAAGGACCUCGCUGAAGCUCUUAGGUUUCUCGAAUCCCUUGGCAGAGAGAGCGCAAUCGAACCCCCUAAUGAUUCGGCACUUUCUGAUUCCGCCCCUUCCGCUCUCGGGAAUCCGCGGUUGUCUGGCUGGGAGAGGGACUGGGAGGUACUAGACACUUGUUUGAAUGCGGAUGAUAUGAAGCUUGUUGCCAAUGCUUAUGGGUUUCUCAGGGAUAGAGGAUUUUUGCCCAAUUUUGGAAAAUGCAGGAACAUUGUUUUGGAGGGUCCAAGAGAUGUCACGCCCUCUGUAUUGGAGUCUACAACUGGAUUAGAAGUGUUCAAAUUGUCUCCAAAGAAGUGGGGUCUUUCAGGCAGCUCUCGUUAUGCUUUGAUUGCUUGUCUUGGUGGAACAUCAUUCCUGCUCUCCCAGGACAUAGAUAUAAGGCCAAACCUUUUCGCACUGUUGGGGCUAGCGUUUUUGGAUUCUAUCCUCCUUGGUGGUACUUGUCUAGCGCAAAUCUCAAGCUGUUGGCCACCAUAUAGGCGUCGAAUCCUUGUACAUGAAGCUGGACAUCUACUGACUGCUUACCUCAUGGGCUGCCCAAUUCGUGGAGUGAUUUUAGAUCCGAUUGUUGCUAUGCAAAUGGGGAUACAAGGACAGGCAGGUACCCAGUUUUGGGAUGAAAAAAUGGCAAGCAACCUUGCUGAAGGACGAUUGGAUGGUACUUCCUUUGACAGGUACUGCAUGGUUCUUUUUGCGGGCAUUGCAGCUGAAGCUCUUGUUUACGGGGAAGCAGAGGGUGGAGAGAAUGAUGAAAAUUUGUUUAGAAGUAUCUGCGUUCUUUUGCAACCCCCAUUGUCUGUUGCGCAGAUGUCAAAUCAAGCAAGAUGGGCUGUUCUACAAUCUUACAAUCUGCUAAAGUGGCACAAACAUGCACACCAAGUAGCAGUCAAAGCUUUGGAAAGUGGAAGCAGUCUCAGUGUUGUAAUUAGAAGAAUUGAGAAUGCAUUAUCGACAAAUAGAUGAAGAGCGGAAAUAACAUCGCUGCAUACCUGUUCGUUUUUCUUCUUUACCUCCUUGCAGGAUGCAGGAGACAGCAAUCAUAUAAAUUUGUAAAUGGUGUGAUAUAUCAAUUUGAGGGCCAGUCUUUUCCUUCAUGCACUUCGGCUGCUUGUUAUUUGGCUAUUUCUUUCAAAGAUAUGUGUGUUCGGUGCCCAUGUUUUGAAUCUUAGGAACAAGGUGACGUUGGAAGGGUGGAUGUACAGCAUUAAAGAGUUGAAGCCUGACACUUGGCUCAGUUAGCCUUAACACACUUCAUAAGUUGAUAAUUUUGAAUAUAAUGCAGAAUUUCUACUAUUUGCGAGCC